AUGACGAGCCUUGGCUUCUGGCGACGCGCCCUUGCGCCCAUUGCCAUUCUUUCUUGGGCUUCCUUUGUCACCGCCUACCCUCUCGUGAGCGAGCAAGUUCUCAAGAGGGCCGAGAUCAAGAUUGAAGACGUCCGCGACAACUACGACUACGUCAUUGUUGGUGGUGGUCAGGCCGGUAUCGUCCUGGCCAGCCGCCUCUCUGAGGACCCUGAUGUCACCGUCCUCGUCGUCGAGUACGGAUACUUCAACAACGCCCCCUCUGUCCUGCAGCCUUCUAGCGCCACCAGCUACCAGCGCAAUGUGCAGUUCAACAUCACCUCGGUGCCCCAGACCGAGCUCGACGGCUACAAGCAGUCCGUCUUCGCUGCCUGCUGCGUUGGUGGAGGCUCGACCAUUAAUGGUAUGCUUCUGAACCGUGGCUCUGCUGCCGAUUACGAUGCCUGGGAGUCUCUCGGCAACCCUGGCUGGGGCUGGGAGGGUCUCUACCCCUACUUCGUCAAGAGUCAAACUCUUGAUGAGCCCAACCCGGCCACCGCCGAGGAGUUUGACAUGACCUGGGGACCCGAGUCCUACAGCGACGGCCCCAUCCACGUCUCCUUCUCCUCUUUCCAGUGGCCUGGUGUUAAGAUCCAGCGCCAAGCUCUCAUCGAAGCCGGUGCCGAGGCCCCAGUCGACGGCUCUGGCGGCGAUGCGUACGGUGUCAUCUGGUACCCCACCGCCCUCAACAACGCCACAGCCACCCGCUCCUACGCCGUCAACGGCUACUGGGACCCCGCCAAGGACCGCCCCGGUCUCGACCUCCUCGCCGGCUGGCGCGUCGACGAGGUGACCUUCAACGACGACAAGCACGCCACCGGCAUCAUCAUGCGCGAGCGCGGCGUCGAGGACGCCGAGCGCAUCACCAUCAAGUCGAACCGCGAGGUCGUCAUCACCGCCGGCGCUCUGCACAGCCCCCAGGUCCUCCAGAGGAGCGGCAUCGGCCCCAAGUGGCUGCUCGACGAGGCCGGCAUCGACGUCCGCGUCGACCUUCCCGGCGUCGGGUCUAACUUGCAGGACCACGCCGUUGCUGGCGUUUCUUAUCGAUUCAACUCCAACCUCGAGCUGAAUCCCCAAGAUUCCAUGGCCAACUCCACUUUCGCCCAAUGGGCCGCCCGCGAACUCUCCGAGAACCACGCCGGCCCCCUGCGCGUCGCCACCGGCAACAUUGGCGGCCUGAUCCCCUUCCCCGUCAUCGACCCCGAAGGGUACGAGGCCGUCAUCGACGAGUACCUCAACCUCGAGCUCGCGCCCCACCUGCCCGCCUCCUACGUGGACGAGAACGUGGCCGGCUACGCCGCCCAGCGCGCCGUCAUGGCCGACCUCAUGGCCCGCAGCGACAACGCCUUCCUCGAGCUGCCCCUGCAGGCCGCACCCGGUUACUCGGCCGUGCUCAUCAAGGUGCUCAGCCGCGGCACCGUCCACCUCGACCCCACCGACAUCUACGCCGAGCCCAUCGUCGACUACUUCACCUACGGUAUUCCCACCGACAAGAGGAUGAUGAGGAGCAUCGUCCGGUGGAUCCGCAAGGUGCACGAGACCGAGGCCAUGAGCGAGCUCGGCCCCGAGCCCGUCAACCCGCCCGAGGACGUCGUCACCGACGAGGAGAUUGACGCUUGGUUGACCAAGGGAACGACCUGCUCCACUGCGCACAAUUCUUGCAGCAACCCCAUGAUGCCCCAGGAGCAGGGCGGUGUCGUUGGCGCUGAUCUCCUCGUUCACGGCGUUACUGGCCUGAGUGUGGCGGAUUCGUCCAUCAUGCCCAUCAUCCCUGCCGCCGAUAUCAUCAAGGAGCGCCAUGCCGGCAAGACCGAGGAGCCUGCCGAGGAGCCUGUCGAGGAAGCUCCCGAGGAGGAGGAACCCGUUGAGGAAGAGCCUGUCGAGGAGGAGCCCGUCGAGGAGGACCCUUGA